GUCAUGGAACGUUCGUGGAGACCAGCCCAGAGGGCGACAAGCCUCCAGACCCACCCGCGGAAGCUCCAGCGAGCUCAGGCGCGGCAGGGUCAGGAGGCAACCGUCAAGACACGGCCCAGCACGCCGACCAGCCCGACGACAGGCCCGACGACAAGCCCGGUGCUCAGGACUGGUGGAGUUCCAGGGCAUGGGGCUGGACAGCCAAAAUUGUGUGGGAGUGGUCGCCUGGUUGGUGGCAGAGCUCCAACACCGACGAGGACGUACACUCUUGGAAACCCGAGGACUGGAAGAAGGUCGAGUGGAAGGACAACGCAUCCGACCUCAGCAGGCCUCCAGGAAGGACGUAUAUGCAGGAACAAGAAGAAGAGACGACGUUCGAGACGAAGGACGAUACAGUCGUGGAUCUCUUCGAGACCGAGUUCAGUGAGUCCGAGGCGGAUGGCUUUCUGAUAGCGUUGGAUCAGCAGGACCUCACGGAGGACGAGGCCUAUCAUGUCUUUGCCCAACUCGUAGAGACCAAGCGCAAGCGCACCUGGAAAGAGUCGAAGGACAUGCAGUCGAAGGAGGACAGGCUUGAGGAGGAGAGCAAGCCGCAGUCGAAGCCGGACAAGACCAACAGUUUCUACUUCAACGUGCGCGGCUUGGACGGCCCCACCUGCCUCGCAGUGUCCGAGGACGAGCUCCCGACGUGCGUCGGGGAUCUGAUCGGCGGCGCGCGGUUGCCAGACGACGCCGAGCAGCUCGAGCUCGUCCUGGCCGAGGUCUCGCGGGAGCUGACCUUGGACAACCUGAUGGACUGCGCUCUUGUGGACACUGCUGCGGGAUCAGCUCUGGUAGGAGAACCGAAUCUCGAGGACCUCAGGAAGGCCCUGAACCAUGUCGGCUACGAGGUCCACGCGUCCUACGACGUAGCAGAUCUUCCUCCGGCAUGCGGAGUUGGGGGCAGAGUCAAGCCGGUUGGACGAGCUUCGGUGCCUGUCACGAUGUGCGGAUGUGGGGUGGUGGAAUUUCUUAUCUUACCACACGCGUGCCCAUCCCUCUUGCCCGCCAAGUUUUUAGAGUUUCUCAAGGCCAAAGUAGACAUGAGCAGGGGCACGAUGUCGGUCGGGGCCCGCGAUGGUCGUCGAGAUCUGGAGCUGCAUCGCCUGCCAUCAGGGCAUCGUGCAGUAUCUCUGGCGGGGUGUCCGCCCGAGGAUUUCAAGCUCAGUGACGACCUCGCCAAGCGCUUCCCGCCCUUCGUCAUUCAGGCGGUGAACGGCCUCUCUCAGGUCGAGGAGGAGGGCGGAUCGGAUCUCGAGAUGGCCGAGAACUGGGAGGAGAUGCCAGACCCGCGGCGCGACGCGGAGCUCCAGCAUCUGGUGCACGACGAGGUGCUCGAUCCAGUGGACAAGGAGAUGUUCUUCGAGGGCCGCUACCUCAUCGAGAAGGCUGCCAUGGCCUGGCGUCGCGUCUCUCUCAAGACGAUCGUGUUCCUCAACGCGUGCGCCAGCUCGAGGAUCAUGACCGCGCUGUCGCCAGUGGUGGACCCGAACCAGUUCGAAGACGAGGGCCCCAACGUGACUCCGGACACGUGCGAGAAUCCAGUGCACCGCCGCCGCUCCGGCCAGAACGGAGUCGCGCACCACUGCCAUUGCUGGGUGUGCAAGAACCGCCUCUGGAUCCGCCGCAACACCCCUCAGGAGAUCUUCGAGGCAGCUCAGGCUCGUGGCCGUCGGGGCAAGGAGCGCAAAGACCGCAAGGCUAUCAAGAUGCAGGCCGAGAUACUUGCCCAGAGAGCCAAGUUGGAGAUCAAGAUGGAGCCGGAGCCACAGCCGCACGAGCCCGCCUACCGCACCCGCCCGGUGCCGAUCUCGAGGGCUCUCGGGGCAGUCCCCAAGGUCAAUGCCCCCAAGGCUCAGGCAGGGGACCUGGAGGUGAUCGACGAGGCCCCUCCGUGCACUUCCUACUCGACGGCCCGCGCGAUGGCAGUGAAGUCCCCUCCGGCAGAUCCUCACCUGGUCGGGUACAAGUCACCACCGAAGACUCCGUCGAGCGGGACGUGGGUCAGGAUGCUCGAGCCGCCUCCCUCGGCGAGGAUCACGCGCGCGGACGUCAGCAGCAUGAUGGACAGCAUCAGGAACGUGCUUGCUCAGGAGCGCCAGGGGGUGCAGGAUAUCCGCGAGGCGAUCGUCGAGGAGGUGCGCACCGAGAACGUGAGGGCCAUGGAGGAGGCGAUGCGCAAGGCGGGCUGGACGAAGCGCCAGCUCGAGUCGGGCGAGCUGGCGUCGUUUCUGGGGCACCUCGCGAUCGCAGAUGCCAGCUCUUCUAGCACCCGGCUGGGACUACCGGCCGACGUCGCCAGGGUGCAGAUCGGGAUCAGGGAGCUCACUCGGAGAGGGUUUCCGGUGUCUCAGGCCAUGGACCUGAAGACGGGCUUCGAUUUUCGCAAAGCCCAGGGCAUCGAGGCGGCUGCCUGGUCUCGUGUCACUCUAGGCGCCUGUUCGUAUCAGACGGCUGAGGUAGCUGACGUCGUCGCUGACACGGCGAACCAGUCUCACUCCUACCCGCAGGUUGUCGUGAUCGAUCCAGAGCCCUUGCCCCCAGGUCAAGAGCUGUCCACCGAGCCGCCGGCCUCGGGCAGGGCGGUCAUUCUCAUAGAGGUCGACGACCUCCUGGUGGCAGUUCAUCCCUUAAUGAGCUCUUCGCUCAAGGAGCAGAUGCAAGCCAGGUUUCACUUCGGAAAGUGGCAAGAGGGCGAGGCCGACUACGCGGGCCGCCAUGUCAAGCAGCAUGAUAAUAAAAUAUGCGUUGAUCAGGAGAAAUACAUCCAGGAGCAACUCACGCCGAUGCGGCUCGAGAAAUCCCGUCUUUCGGACCCUUCCUCCCUGUUGGCCCCGAGUGAGGUCAAGCUUUACAGAACCAUGAUCGCCCAGGUCCAGUGGGUCGCUCGGGAGUCGAGGCCUGACGUGUCGGGCUGUGCUUCUUUGCAGAGUGCGGCGUUGCCGAGUCCGACGGUCGCUGACGCCCAGCUUGUGAUUACAGCGUGCAAGUAUCUCAAGUCGACUGCUAGUCAGCGUUUGACUAUCUGGCAGCUUGAUCCGGUGUCAGUCACAUUCGUGACGAUAUCGGACGCUGGAGGUCCAGGAUCAGCUCGGCGAGGUGGAGCGCAAGGCGCUUUUCUUGUGCUUGCCGCGGACAGCAGCAUCAGAAGCAACAGUCGUGCAAAAGUGUCACUGCUUUCUUGGAGGUCCCAGAGGAUCAAGCGUGCCGUUUCGUCUACCGCUGCCGCAGAAACGUUGAGCCUGUCUUCUGCGGUAGCAGAGUCUCAGUGGCUGCAGAUAAUGUGGAGAGAUCUCCUUUUCAACGACGUGAGCAAGCCCGACUGGCACCUCAGUCAGGCGCCUUUCUCUCUUGUCCUCCCCCGCGAUUGCUCUCUUAGUGAGGGUGUGUCGUCAGUCUCGGUCGUCGACGCAAAGUCGGUCUUCGAUGUCCUGACUCGCAACAGUGCCGGCACCGUGGCCGACCGGCGCAACGCCAUAGAGAUGGCAGUCAUCAGGGAUAGUCUCUCCUCCUUAGGAUCACAAAUCAGAUGGGUCCCGCACGGACUCAUGCCCGCCGACUGUUUAACUAAGGCGGACGUAGCUAAGGGGAACCUGGCGUUGAACGACCUUCUCAGGAAGGGCACCCUCGCCCUCAUAGACGAGGAUCUCCACAUGAGCGAAAGAACCCUAAACGAGCACCUCAAGUCCAG